CCCAUGACCAUCGAAUUUGCGGAACAUGAAGGUCAAAGUGAUUUCGGUCCUGGAAGAUAACUAUAUGUACUUGAUCAUCGAAGAAAGCACUCGGCACGCCGUUGCGGUGGAUGCUGCUGUUCCCAAGAGGUUACUGGAAAUCAUCAGAAAAGAAGAUGUCUCUCUGAAAGCGAUCCUGACAACUCACCAUCACUGGGAUCACGCUCGAGGAAAUGUGGAACUAGCACAGCUGUACCCUGACCUGGAAGUGUACGGCGGGGAUGAGCGGGUGGGAGCACUGACCCACCCAGUGAGCCACAAUGAGGAGUUAAAGUUUGGCAGCAUCAACGUGAGGUGCCUCCUCACUCCGGGCCACACCUCUGGGCACGUCUGCUACUUCGUGUGGGAAGACGACUCCCCGGACGCUCCGGCAGCCUUCACAGGUGACACCUUAUUUAUCGGAGGCUGCGGGAGAAUCUUUGAAGGGACGGCUGAACAGAUGUACAAGAACCUGACCGAAGUCCUGGGCCCGCUGCCCCAAGAGACAAAAGUGUUCUGUGGGCACGAAUACACGGCUCGGAACUUGAAAUUCGCCCUGAAAGUGGAGCCGGAGAAUGACAUCGUGAAGGAGAAACUCACUUGGGCAAAGCUACGAGAGGACGAAGACCUGCCCACGGUGCCUUCCACGCUAGCCGAGGAGUUCUUCUACAACCCUUUCCUUCGGGUCCUGGAGAAAUCCGUCCAGAGGUUCACCGGCAAGGCUGACCCAAUCGAAGUCUUCGCCGCUCUCCACAAGGCCAAGGACAAGUUCCGGAAGCCCAAGGAGGGGCUGAACCCGCAAGCCAUGGUGGCGCUGGAGCUGGGCCUUUUUGACCCGCUGCUGGAGAAAAAGUGAAGCCCUCUUCGGGGAGCCGUUGGAGGAAAGGAAGCACGUGCAGAGGGGAACGGAGUCUUUUGUGCCCAUGGAGAAAUCUGAGCAGGGUCACGCAGCUGCAAGGGGCUGUGGAC